GGUCUACCCUUGCUCCUUGGGGUGUAUAUUGAGGACGGUUUCUGGCCAGUCAGCUAAACAUCCUGCUUGUUCCUGUGCUCCCUCUGCCCUAGCCUGGUGAUUAGCUGAGGGGCAUUGUUUCAUCUUUGGUAUGGUAAUUUCCCACCUGCCUGGGAGGAAAUCCUUAUGCAGCAGCCAAAUCCCACAAGCCUGGGAGGAUAUCCUUAUGCAGCAACCAGGCCUUUGCCCGGACUCGCGAUCGGUACAGUGGCGCGCGAACUGUACCGAAGGGGUACCGCAAAAUUGGGUGUUACAAUUGAAGGCCCCACUGGGAUCAUCAGCAGCUACAGUCGGAGACUCAUCUGCGGAGACCCAUCGGCGAGAUUCGGAAAGUAGGGAUCCCUGAGAGGUCGCCCUCGGAAGGCUGGCUCACAGGAGGCGGUCCACGAACUGGUGUUGCAGGCCUGUGGAGUGCUAGCAGGUCCGGCAUCCAGCGGUGAAGAUGAACGGCCCCAGCGCCAAGUCCAGCCACCUGUCGCAGCCAGUGGUGAAGAGUGUCCUGGUGUACCGCAAUGGGGACCCCUUCUUCGCCGGGCGCCGUGUCGUCAUUCAUGAGAAGAAGGUGUCUAGCUUCGACGUCUUCCUCAAGGAAGUGACGGGUGGUGUGCAGGCGCCCUUUGGGGCAGUUAGGAACAUCUACACCCCGAGGACGGGCCACCGCAUCCGGAAACUGGACCAGAUUGAAAGCGGGGGCAACUACGUGGCCGGGGGCCAGGAAGCCUUCAAGAAACUCAAUUACUUGGACAUAGGAGAAAUCAAGAAAAGACCAAUGGAAGCUGUUAAUACUGAGGUGAAGCCAGUCAUCCACAGCAGGAUCAAUGUGUCUGCCCGUUUCAGGAAAUCACUGCAUGAGCCUUGCACCAUUUUCUUGAUUGCAAAUGGAGACCUCAUAAGCCCAGCUUCUCGACUCCUCAUCCCGAGAAAAGCUUUAAAUCAAUGGGAUCACGUACUACAGAUGGUCACAGAAAAAAUAACUCUUCGAAGUGGGGCUGUCCACAGGCUUUAUACCCUGGAAGGAAAACUGGUUGAGAGUGGAGCCGAACUGGAGAACGGGCAGUUUUAUGUGGCCGUUGGCAGAGAUAAGUUUAAGAGAUUACCUUACAGUGAGUUACUUUUUGACAAAUCAGCAAUGAGAAGGCCCUAUGGUCAGAAAGCUUCUUCGCUACCUCCCAUGGUUGGAUCGAGGAAGUCUAAAGGGAGCGGAAAUUAUUGCCAAUCUAAGUCAACUAUCGGCUCCAGUGAUAACUCAUCUCCUCAGUCUCUGAAGAGGAAAGGGAAGAAAGAUUCAAAUUCAGAAAAACCCACAAAAGUGAAACAAAAAGUGAAGUCAAAGGAUUCCCAGCAAGCAGUCCUAAACAAUGCUGAAGGCAUUUUCAAAGCUGGAACAGAGAGAUCUGAAACGAGGGGGGCAGCAGAAGUCCAAGAAGACGAAGACACGCAAGUUGAGGUUCCUGUGGACCAGAGGCCGGCAGAAAUAGUUGACGAGGAAGAAGAUGGAGAGAAAACAAACAAAGAUGCCAAACAGAAAGAAGACUUUUCAGCAAUGAAUGGUGAAACUGAAGCUGGAGGGGAUAGCGGGGCUGCUGAUGGCCCUGAACAAGAGGAUGGAAUCCCAGACCGUGGAGAGAAGAAGGCAGCAAGUCCCUCUCGGGUAAACGGUGCCACUGAUGAAGAGAAUGGUGAAGAGCUGGACCAGGUUACUGAGGAGCUUCAACCAGCCGUGGAUGAGGAAGGAAAGGCUGAAGGAGACAGUGGUGGACACGAAGAGGCUGACUUAGAUGCUGGAAGACCACCAAGACCAGAAGUGACAGUCACCAGCCCUCAAGAAAAUGACGAGAAUGAACAGAACAAAGACUCUUCUGCUGUGGCGUAGAUGGUUUUAGAGCAGGAAAUACAAGGGAUGUAAGAGCAUGCAGGGCUGUAAUACUUGAAUAAUGAACAUGGCCUCUCUGUUAGGCAGAAUGUGGCAAUAUGGUGGGGCACUACCUGCUGAAUUUUAAAAAUAGAAGCUAAAUGGAAGGAAGGUUAGGUAAUUUGUAGCUCAAAACAGAAUGACUUAUGUUUAUGUCAGAUGUUUAAAAAAUUCCUUUAGAAGAAUCAAAUAAAAGAGAGAGAGGGAUUUGUACCUUAAGACAGUUAACUACCUGUGUUUGUAAGGAAGAAAGACAUGGGCUAACUCCCAUUAGAUACUUUAUUAUAGACUUGGAAGCAAGAGUAUUGGCAGCUUGUUCUAAAGCAUUUAUCUAGGAAAGUAUAGGCUUUUAAAGAAUUGGUAAUAGGAAAGCAUGUAUUAUGUUCUCAAAGGAAUAAACUAUUGAUUGGACAAAUUGCAAUUUAGUUUCAGAGAUGAUUUGGAGACGGCAAUAGAUCCAAAUUCUCUGAAGCUGUUGACAUUCCUUUCUUCCUUUAUCCAAGGUCCCCCUCAGACAAAGUCAGAUCACAGUCCGUGCUGUCUUCUGGGGGUUGGAAUGCUUCUCCAGGGCACUGGCAAUUUUCCUCAGGUGUGUCUGCUGAGACACACUCUCAGGCAGGAACCAGAGAGUGAGAUGUGGAAAUCCUGUGACUUUCCCUAAUCUGGUCUGUCUGUACCGGAAACAAAUCCUCUCCCCCUCCUAUAUUCUGUUGGAAACUCAAUAUUAGUGAAGAUUGAAUUCUUUCCAGUACUUCAGAAAAGAAUGUUUUAAUAAAUGCCAGGAAACAGAAUAGAAAACUGCAAAAAGAUGAGUUUCUAACUACCCAGUUCCUUUGCUUUUUGCUAUUCUAUUGUCAGGGUUGCCAUGGUUGCAUAGGGUUAUUCUGUCCAUCCACCCAUCCAUCCAUCCAUCCACCCACCC